AGGCUCUAGAACAUUCUGUGUCUGCUCAAAAGGGUUAGAGCGUUCUAGGAUUUUCUACUCUCUCCUCCCCAGCAAUUAUCAUCAAUUCAUAUCAUUAUAUUCAUAAACAAAUCUGAAUCCACAAUCUUACAUACCAUAUUGGACAAAUUGAAUCACCAUAUUUAGCAAAACAACGAUUAUUAUAUUAGUUAUCAUUUGCUGAAGAAAAAUGGCAGAGGAGUUAUUGCUUGAUUUGGAGGAGCUCCGUCACUUGCAGAGCAUCGCCAAGAGGCCUCGCGUCCUCAAUCUCAUCUCCUCCCAGAUUCGAGACAUGGAAAAGUUGUCAAAAGACGUUACUGCACCUGCAACGCAAGCUCCGACCCAGGUUGCGGCUGCGGUGAAGGUGCCCUCCCCUCCUGCUGUAAACUACACUACGCUUUCGUCGUUCAGUUGGGAGCAAGAUAAUGAUAAAGUCAAGUUAUAUAUCUCUCUGGAAGGAGUUGACCAGGAGAAAAUGGAAGUUGAGUUUAAACCGAUGUCUUUCGACAUCAAACUACAUGAUGUCCAAGGAAAGAAUUACCGAUGCGCAAUUCCAAAAUUGAACAAGGAGAUUGUGCCAGAGAAGUGUAAGAUGCUAGUUAAGCCUACAAGGGUUGUGGUCACGCUCAUUAAAGCUUCAAAGGGGAGCUGGUUAGACUUGCACUAUAAAGAAGAUAAGCUGAAGCCAAACCUGGAAAAGGAGCGAGACCCCAUGGCAGGAAUCAUGGACUUGAUGAAGAAUAUGUACGAGGAAGGUGAUGCCGAAACGAAGCGAACAAUUGCAAAAGCGUGGACUGAUGCAAGAUCCGGAAAGACGGCCGACCCGCUUAAGGGUUUGAACUAGAGAGGGAAAACCUGAACUUUUGAACUCAAAUAGGGAUUUCAUUAAUAUAUUUAUUGUCUUAAUGGCGUUAUGUUACUGUACUCCUGAUCGCCGUUAUGUAUUGCAACAAGUUUUUUAAAGUUUGUUGCUAGCUUGUACUUUCGUAUUUCUGAUAGAAUUUCAUGAAAUCUUUUGAAGAUUGUUUCAAA